AUGUUUGUUGUGGACGAAGCCCAUUGUAUAGAUACCUGGGGAAAGGACUUUAGACCUGCCUACCAACAACUGGGUAUUUUGAGAAAGUAUGGAUUGCCAUUUGUUGCCCUUACUGGUACAGCAACAAAACAGACUUCAUCGAUUAUCAGCACAGCACUUCAGAUGGAAAACCCCGAAGAAGUGAGACUGCCAUGUCGUAGAAAUAACCUCUGCUUUUCCGUGGUCGCUAAAAAGGAACUAAAGGCCAAAGAUCAAGUAGCACAGAUAGUAAGCAGUGAUUUUGAUGGUCUGUGUGGAAUAGUUUACUGUGCUCGCCAAGCAGACACUGUUGAAAUGGCCUUUGAGUUGAAGGAAAGGGGCAUUCCUGCAACAUACUACCAUGCAGGAAUGGAAGGUGGUGAACGUAUUCGAAAUGCUAACAUGUGGCUUGAAGACAAAAUCAAAGUAAUGUGUUGCACUAAUCCCUUUGGGAUGGGAAUUGAUAAGAAGGGUGUCAGGUUUGUCAUACACCUUACUCUUCCAUCAUCAUUGGAGGAUUACGUUAAGGAAUCAGGAAGAGGAGGUCGCGAUGGUGACAAUUGUUCCUGUAUUCUGCUUUUUCGCUUUGCUGAUAGGUCAUUUCAUCUGCGAAAUGUAGCUGCCAUGCCUUUUAGUGAGGACAGUUUAACGCUUCUAAAUUCCCUUGCAGACUUCUGCAUGCAAACCUCACUCUGUAGACAACAAUUCAUCGCAAGAUAUUUUGAUGAGAAUCUGGGUGAAGCAUGUUACUGUUGUGAUAUCUGUCAAGAAGACAGUUUCCAGGAACAAAAGGACUUGACGCUUCAUGCGAGAAACAUCAUUGAUUGUUUACGCCAAAUCAGUACACUUGAAGGAAAACCAAAACUGACUGACUUGGCAAUGACUUAUAUGGGGUCAAAGGCCAAAACGAUCAUUACACAAAGAUUUAACACAGUCGCACAGUAUGGAAAGGGGAAAGACCAAUUUCUAAAUGUGAACAAUGCGACUAAAUUUAUUCAGUUUCUGAUUUUUAAAGGAUUCAUAAAAGAAAACAUUAGAAGUCUUGAAGAGAGGAUGACAAUUAAUUAUCUAACUUGUGGGAAUGUUGUAGACUUGGUUGAUGGUAGAUGCCAAGUGUUCUUCAACUUGUAA